AUGGUUGCUGCAUCACCACAAGCCGAGUACUUGAACAGGACACAGCGUGACCAACGUCGUAUACGUCGUUGCUGCUGCUGCUCGCUUGGUCUGGGCCUGAUCCUUACAGGCGCCUUCAUUGCAAUCAUCGCGCUGAUUUACGGAACGGUAGUGCCAGCCGUGCUCAAUGACGCAGUGAAGGACGGAGUCGUGACCUGCGAUGCUUCCAAUGGAGCCAAAGAGAGCUACGUGGAUCCGUACGGUGACUGCGAUGACUGCGUGCCGUACUACUACAGCCUGCACAUGAUGAACGCAACAAACGCCGAAGCUUACCUUGCCGGAGAUGCCAACAUUCUUCAAGUCCGUGAAACGGGACCUUACACGUACCGCCGUCGCGAGGUUAAACUGGACGUCAAAUUUCUGGACGAUGGCAACCGUGUGAGCUAUAAAAAGUAUACGUAUCACACGUUCGUGCCGGAAAUGAGUUGCGAGAACUGUUCCGACGAUGACGAGGUCACGACUUUGGACUUGGGCUACAUGAACGUUAUUGCACAGGCGGGCGGUGAAGCGGCCUUCCUCGCGAAAUUGGCGAUGGGUUCUUUUGCCUCGACUAGUAACAUCAGUGCAGUCAUGGCCAUCAUAGCUGAGAACGGCCCGCAGAUGAUGCGUUGGGUCAAUGGUCUCAACUCGAUGAACCCGAAAGCCAUGCGUACGGUGACCAAAAACAGUGCCGUCCUGAGCUUCCUCGUGACUGGACCAAGUGCCAUCGCCAAAUUGAACUUAACGGGUUUUGCUUACAACGGACUCUUUGCCAAGCGCACAGUCUCUCAGUGGGCUUUGGGCUACCCGAGCCUGCUCGCUGGCUUGGGUCUUGGCUCCAACUACGUCAAGGUGUGUGCUGGUAAAGGCGGCCUCAAUGAGCAAUGCGCUGCGUGCGCCAACAGCACAAGCGCCAAAUGUCUUGCGAUCGGAAAAGGGUGCUCUCAAUGCCGACGUGGCGCUGGCGUUCUAGCUGUCAACAAUGAGACUUGUGCCAUCAUCGAAGCAUCGUACGCCGCCGCGUACGGUGCUGAGGAGGCUGCCAGCUUCGUCUCGAGCACAUGUCAGCUUUGCAGCUCGCUCGGUCUGUGCGCUGCUCCACUUCCUGGCGCCGUCGAGUCCAGCGGCCGAGACUACUCUAAGACGGCUCCCAAAGCGUCGAGUCUGGGCACGUACACGCUCCGUACAGGCUGUGACGACGAGAACCACAUCAACGAGUACGAGCAGUACGACGGCUACACGACUACUGCGCUGUGGGCGGAUCUAGGCGAACGUCGUAAUCCCACGCUGGCAGAAAUAGUUGCCUUCCCUACUUACGCCAACUGCGCGGCCCCCACGUCCAACUUGACAUGCAGCCCGGUGCGUGGCAACGACGGUACCAGCAUCGCCCCCGGUGGCGUGAGUGUUACUGGCUUCGAGGACGAGAUCUCUCUCGAUGGGUUCUCGAUUUACCUCGGCCAGGCUAAGCAGAAUGUGACGAUGUUCAACCAGCACGAAGAGGUGGAGUACAAGGGCAUCACGCUGCACCGCUUCCGUCCUUCGGUUGAUUUGCUUACGGCGUCUGCCGAUAACGCCAACAUGGGUACGGCCUACCCAGUGGACGGCGUCCUGUCAAUCGCCUUUGACGCGGGCUUCUUGGCCUACGCAUCGUUUCCGAUGUUCCUGUAUGGCAACGAGACAUUGAUGACAAAUGUACAGAUCACUAUGAGCGACGGCGUGCAGGCGGGCCAAGACACGCUGUACGACAGCACUGGUGCUCUGCAGACCUCGUACUCGGAGAAGUACGAGACGUUUUUGGAUGUUGAGGCCGGCACAGGCAAGACGAUGCGCGCAUACAAGCGGAUGAUGGCGUCAUAUGCGCUAUCGGCCUCGACUCUGAACAGCUCGAUGGCCAUGAGCGACGUGCUGUACCCGGCGCUGCCGAAGGAGGUGGUGAUUCCGAUCUACUGGGCCCAAGAGGGCUCGACAAUCUCAGACUCGCGCGUGGACAGCUACGACACGCUUGCUUCGCUGCUCUCCUCGCUGUUGCCAGUGCUCAUCGCAGGCAUCGCGGUGGGCUUGGCGUUCGUCGUCGUCGGUGUAUUCUUCAAAAAACGUAGUUCCAGCAAGGUAUAA